UCCAUCUCCGGGGGAGGCGGAGUCGGAAACGCGCAGCAGCAUCGGUCCUUCGUGUCUGCGGCUCCUCUCGCUUCGGCUGUCGGUUCGGUUCCUGUCCGAGCGGGUUCUUCUUACAGUCUGCAGGAACGCGGAGGCUCUUCGGCCCAACUGACGGACGCAGCUGGCAGCACCGCGGGUUUAACCCCCAAACUGCUGCGCUUAUCGCCUCUGAGGUGGAAAGCCCCGGACGGAGGCCCGCAGCGCGCUCCGCCUCCCGCAGGCCUCCGGCCCGGACUCCCGCUUUUACCCAGGAAAAUGGACGGAUUUACCGGCAGUUUGGAUGACAGCAUGUCUGGAGCCAGUGUCUCGGAUGUCAACGACCGCCUCUCUGCUUUGGAGCUGCGUGUCCAGCAGCAGGAAGACGAGCUCACCGUGAUGAAAGCCGCUCUCGCUGACGUCCUUCGCCGCCUCGCCGCUUCUGAAGCCUCAGUCUCUGUUUCCAAAAAACAUGCAGCCAAAGGUGGUGCUGCUCUUCGUGAAGCAUACUCAAUGUCCUCUAUUGCCAAUGGAGGAACACCUGGGCGUAAGAGAGAGUCCACCUCGGUCACCAGGAAGGAGACGAUGUCGUCUGCUGCCAAGAGUGGAGCAGAGAGGAAGAAGGAGUUCGGCAGCCAGCGAUCUCAGAUGGAGGAGAUCCAGGAACGUGAGGAGCUUCCUCACCCAAAAGAUCUGUCUCCUUCUCCCUCCUCCCCCCACCUUCCCCAGAAUCUCCAGCAGCAGAGACCUCCUCAGUCUGCUGACAGCAGUAAAGCCAACGUUCCUCCCAAAAGAGGCCCCAGUGUGAAGCGGUCCUCAGGUAUGGAACGUUCUCAAAGCAGCACCUGGGACAGUUCAGAGGAGAACAGGAACAGACUUGUGAAAGCUGCUUCCACCUCCAAGCUGUUGGCCAAGGUGGUGAAGAACGCCGACAGACACAAAGAGCCGGUCAUCAGUCAAGCCAAAAUGUCGACACGAGAGAAAAACAGCCAAGCUGAGGGGAAUCACAUCAAGAUGUUCAUGCGUGGCCGACCAAUCACCAUGUUCAUCCCUUCAGAUGUGGAGAACUACGAAGACGUUAGGACAGAACUUCCAUCAGAGAGACUCAAGCUGGAAUGGGUGUAUGGCUACCGCGGUAGAGACUGCAGAGCAAAUAUUUACCUCCUUCCAACCGGAGAAAUCGUUUAUUUUGUUGCGUCCGUCGUCGUCCUGUUUAACUACGAAGAACGAACUCAGAGACAUUAUCUCGGACACACUGACUGUGUCAAGUGUCUUGCCAUCCAUCCUGAUAAGAUCCGCAUUGCUACCGGACAGAUUGCAGGAGUAGACAAAGAUGGACGGGCCGUCCAGCCUCAUGUCCGUGUCUGGGAUAGUGUCAGUCUCUCCACCCUGCAGGUCGUUGGUUUGGGAACGUUCGAACGAGGUGUCGGCUCUCUGGCUUUCUCCAAGGCUGACUCUGGUCAGCACCUCAGUGUUAUUGACGACAGCAACGAUCAUAUGUUAACAGUUUGGGAUUGGCAAAAGAAGUCCAAGAUCGCUGAGAUCAAGACCACGAAUGAGGUGGUGCUGGCCGUGGAGUUCCACCAUACUGACCCAAACACCAUUGUCACCUGUGGAAAGUCACACAUUUUCUUUUGGACUUGGUCCGGGAACUUGCUGGCACGUAAACAAGGAAUCUUUGGGAAAUACGAGAAGCCAAAGUUCAUUCAGUGUCUGGCAUUCCUUACCAAUGGAGACAUCCUGACUGGAGACUCUGGGGGGGUCCUGCUGGUCUGGAGCAGGAGCUCUGCUGAGACCCCAAGUGGGAAGGGUCCCAGAGCGUUUCAGAUCAGUCGGCAGGUCAAAGGUCAUGAGGGCAGUGUGUUUUGUGUUUGUGAAAUGAGGAGCGGCACUCUGCUGACCGGAGGAGGCAAAGAUCGAAAAAUCAUCCUGUGGGACCAUGAACUGAGAGCUGACCGAGACAUUGAGGUGCCGGAUCAGUACGGAACCAUCAGAGCAGUGUCUGAAGGGAAGGGGGAUGAGUUUUUAGUCGGAACAUCUCGUAACUUCAUCCUAAGAGGAACCUUCAAUGACGGCUUCCAGGUGGAGGUCCAGGGUCACACGGAUGAGCUGUGGGGUUUGGCCUCUCACCCGUCCAGAGGUAUGUUCCUGACCUGUGCUCAAGACCGGCUGGUCUUGGCCUGGAGUUCGGAGGAUCACAGUCUCCAAUGGAGCCGCACACUGGAGGAACACGGACACUGUGCAGACUUCCAUCCCAGUGGAGCCGUGGUUGCCAUAGGAACACAUUCUGGAAAGUGGUACGUUCUGGAUGCUGAGACCACUGACCUGGUGGCGAUCCAUACUGACGGAAACGAACAGCUGUCAUUGCUGCGGUUCUCUGUCGAUGGCGGCCUGUUGGCUGUGGGAUCUCACGAUAACUUCAUUUACCUCUACACUGUCUCAGAGAACGGACGCAAGUACAGCCGCUACGGGAAGUGCACGGGACAUUCCAGCUACAUCACGCACCUGGACUGGUCGCCUGACAACAACUUCAUCAUGUCCAACUCUGGAGACUAUGAGAUCCUCUACUGGGACGUUCCAAACGGUUGCAAACUGAUCAGAAAUCGAUCAGAGUGUAAAGACAUCGACUGGGCAACCUAUACCUGCGUACUGGGAUACCAUGUGUUCGGUGUGUGGCCGGAGGGCUCAGAUGGGACUGACAUCAAUGCUCUAAUCAGAUCUCACAACAGAAAGGUGAUCGCUCUGGCAGAUGACUUCUGUAAAGUUCAUCUGUUCGCCUACCCAUGCUCCACCCCCAAGGCUCCCAGCCAUAAGUACAACGCUCACAGCAGUCAUGUGACGAAUGUCAGCUUCCUGUAUAACGACAGUCACCUGAUCUCAACCGGGGGUAAGGACACCAGCAUCAUGCAGUGGCGUUUGGUGGAGAAGUCUUUGCUCUCCGUCCCUGACAGCCUCUUGUCUAACCCUGCCCCCGCCGGAGUGGACCCCCUCUUCACCCUGCUUCCUCCCACUGGGUCGUGUGUUGAAGUGACAACACACAACCCAGUUCCAACAGCCAAUGGAACCCAGGAACCCUUCCGAGACACCCCGCCCCCUACAACAGUGGAUCCGCUUACGUCUGAGUUAACCCCUCCCCAUUCCAUUUCAACCCCCCCCCCCUCAGACAGCACCGUGAGUCUGAAGGACAGUCUGGAGCCGAGUGAUGACACAGCCACGCCCAGUGAUGAAGGGCUUCCCCCUCUGACGCCUCCCUCAUAGAUGCGUGCAUGAGUGUCGCUACAGCUGUCUUUGUGAGGAACAGGAUGAGUUUCACAUGUCAGGAAGGGGACUUAGUGUUAAGAUUGGAAUCAGGUUUACAUUCAGUUUAUGUGGGUUAGGCUUUAGUUAUGGUUUAGUAACUCGGAAGUAAGCAGGGGUUAACACAAUAUGAUACAUAACUCCGUAAGAUCAAGAAUAGGAUACAGAUGAAACACUUACUUUAAAUAAUGGUUAGUUUAAGGGGCUCGGGCAUGCAUUUUCAAUGGGUGUCCCCAGAAAUAUAAAUGUAUAAAAGGGUAUGUGUUGGGAUUCAAACCUGUGGCUCCGGUGUCCCAUGUUUCUUCUCAACAGUCAACUGUUAAAAGUCACAUUUCUUCAGAUUAAUCAAAUGUGGUGUCACAAUUUGAUACACCUGGAGAGUCUUGAUUUACCUGAGGAAAUACUGGAAGAGGAGCAGUUACCUGUCACACCUGGACAUUUACUCUCUUCCUUUAGACAGUUUGAAAUCGCACCCUGGUCAAGAUGUACUUUUUACAGAGAGCAGAGGACAGGCCUGGAACACAGGUGUGACAGGUGGCUAUCAGGUAACUUUUUCUCCUCCAGUAACAGUAGAGCAGUUAAGACAGGAGAUGAACCUGCAAGUCUUAAAUGUCUUUUAGAAACUGGUUGUUUUUUAAAAUUGGUUUAACAAUUGUAGUUCUUUAGAUAUGAAGAAAUUAAUGAUGUUUUAUCAGUGUCUUAUGAGAAAUGCCUUAACUAUUAUUGAUCCGGGUUCUAGUUUUUAUCAUGUACUAUGAUCUGCACACCAUAAAUUCUGUUUUUAACAGAAAAGUCAAGUUUCAUUCACGCAUUCAUUCAUUCGACUUUGUUGCACUAUUAUUUAGUUUAAUUGCCAAACUCCACACACGUAUGUAAAGUAUUGCAUUUAAAAACUAAAAAUACAUGACUGUUUUACAAUGACACAAGACAUUUCAUGUAAAUCAUGAAAGAUGUAUGAACUACCCAGUACAAACCUAAAAAGAGAGUAAUGUUAAAUUACCCGACCAAAGGAGAGAAGUCAACUUCCACUCCUUCACUAAGGAACAUCAACCACGCAGUCAUACAUCCUCGUAUCUGUAUUGAGAAUGUCUGACCGUAGACAGUGGAGCGGUUAGUAUACACAUGACAUUGACCUCCAGAGUAAAAACUGUGACUCAAAUGUUUUUGACUAGUCAGAAGUGGAUCAGAUCUGUAUGUAUGUACUGCAGAUAUCUAUAUUUCUGUUCACCAAGGACAGCAGCUCCUCGGUUACACUGUAAAAAUCCCAUUUUAUGCUCCCAUUACAUCACAUAGCACAUGAGAACCCCUCCUCUGAUUGGCUGGAUUCAGUGACUCACUGAAUGACGGCUUUUAGUUUUUGUGUCUUAUGGACGAUUUAUGUCGAAAAUGUAAUCUGAAUGUCAUGAUGAUGUCACUCCGGAUGGGGUUGGGGCCUUACAGUGGAAGAAGGGGGAUGUGAGUCGUUGAUGUUUUUGCCUCGUUGAUACUUUUCAUCUUUUAAAUGCCCGUCUCUGUGAAGGGAUGGCGUCGAGUUUCGGGACUCACUGGAUGUCCAUGGAGGGACUGUGCCAGAGGGGUAUGGGGUGGGGGUUAUGGGGGGUUAUGUUUUGAGGCAGUGCCAUAUGGGGAUUUCUGGAUUCAAAUGUUUGUUUAUUUUACAGAUUACACAAGAUGAUGAUAAUGUUUGUGUGACUGUUUUGAGCCAAAUUAGUCUUCUCUGAUGCAUUCCUCUCAGACGACAGACUAAAGUACUAAAGAUUUCUUUAAAAAAAAAUGCUAAUAAAUGUUUUCAAAACUGACUACUCACCUCAA